UUGCUGAAAGGAUUUAGAAUAGAAAAACGACGAUAAAGAUAGCAACUUUUGGUAUCUGACAAAAAAAAGCCUUGCCCCUACCGGAAGUAGCGUGACGUGGACAAUUGAACAUAUCCGCAAAGCUCCCUAUUGUUUGCAAUGAUGGCCGCCAGAUCUGAGAGCGAUUCUGACCGAGAUAGCGACGAUUUCUCCAUUAAUUUGAGCGAGGAUGAAAGAUUUGUGGAUGAGGAAAGUGCAAGUGAAGGACUAGUGGGGAGUGGAAGCGAUUCAGAUAGGGAAGAAGCUGUGAGAGGGAUAGAGCCAUAUCGCUUUGAACCCGACGCUGAUGAAGACGGUCAGGAGGACGCUGCUGCUAUUGAUGCUGGAGGAGCACACGACAUAGAUCGCCUUGAGAAUACAGAAUGGUGUACAUGUCAAAACUGUGUGAACAUGGAGACAGUGGCUGAGUGUGUCUGCUGUAGUGAAAUAGAGGCAGUGACCAGAACGAUGGAGGAGGAGGGGGUGAAGACGUGCAUCAUAGACCACCAUGGCUUUCCAUCUGUGUGUCUGGAUGAAUGGGUGCUGCAGACAGCGUAUAACGCCUACAAACAGCAAUAUGGCAUGCUGCAGCAACAGCAAAAUGAGCGGAGACGACACACAGCCUAUCGACAGUUUGUCCGCUUCUGCUGGGGAUAUCUGGGAAAGGACAUAAGGGUGGUACUACCAGCUUGUGUAGUACAUAAGAUUAGGACAACAUUCCCAUCGAUGGACUACACGGGGUUCCAAGACGUGCAGUGACUGCAACAGAAUCUACAUGGCCACUGUACUUAAUCAAUAAAAUCAAUCAAUCAAUCAAUCAGUCAAUCAAUCAAUGUUUAUUUAUAUAGCACUAAAUCACAAAUGUCUCAAAGGGCUGUACAAGCCACAACGACAUCCUCGGUACAGAGCCCACACACGGGCAAGGAAAACUCACCCCAGUAGGACGUCGAUGUGAAUGACUAUGAGAAACCUUGGAGAGGACCGCAUAUGUGGGUAACCCCCCCCCUCUAGGGGAGACCGAAAGCAAUGGAUGUCGAGUGGGUCUAACAUAUUAGUGAGGGUCCAGUGGAGCCAGCAGGAGGCCACCCCGAGCGGAGACGGGUCAGCAGCGCAGAUGUCCCCAACCGAUGCACAGGCGAGCGGUAUACCCCGGGUCCCAACUCUGGACAGCCAGCACUUUAUCCAUGGUCACCGGAAUAACCCCUCCACGUGGGGGGGGGGGCAGAGGAGAAAAGAAAAGAAACGGCAGAUCAACUGGUCUAAAAAGGGGGUCUAUUUAAAGGCUAGAGUAUACAAAUGAGUUUUAAGAUGGGACUUAAAUGCUUCUACUGAGGUAGCAUCUCUAACUGUUACCGGGAGGGCAUUUCACACUUACCGAAGCGACUCCUGUGCUUGGCGAUGGCUUCCUCCUUGUCUGGCUUCUCCAGUUCAUCGCAGAGGAAGGGAGGCACAUCCACAGUGACGCUGAGUGGUGUUCUCUCGUCAGGGGUCUGUCUGCAGCCAGCAACAACCUCCCUGAUCAAGUCAUCUACGUAGCCUGCAAAAUACAAUUGUACAUGUUCCUGCUCACAACAUAAUAUACUCAUGGAGAGUGAAACUUGACAGUAUUAUUAUCAUGAUACAAAGUGUCAAGUGUUUACAUGUUUUGUGUCCUCUACACUUACGGUAUGUUGGCUCUGUCGCGAUUUUCUUGACCACAUGGCCCCCUGCUUUAUACUUCGGGUAGCGUACUGCAUAGCGCUCAGCACCCGCUUGUGUAGUGGCUAUAGGGCGGCUCGAAUUUUCGUUCCAGUGCAGCCCAGCAAGCAGGUUCCUAGGUGUGGUAACAGAAUAAUGUAAUAAUUAGUACUAAAGUAUGGCACACACUAGUGACACUUAGAUUAGUGUGGAAACAUACCUGCACAGCAUUCCGAUGUAUGAGAAGACAUACAUUUUCGGUGCGAACUGUAUAAGAUAAAAGACACUUUAUUCAG